AUGGGUCCAAUAAUUGGAAUGACUCCAGAAAAGAGAGCUGAAACUCCAGGAACUGAAAAGGGUGCAGGAUUGAGCCAGAUUUACAAGAUGGGAAGCUUGCCUGAAGCUGUUGAUGCUGCCAGGCCAAAGGCCACUCUAAUGGACUGUGAAUCAGCAGAUGAUGAACUCACAAACUUGAACUGGCUUCAUGAAAGUACUAAUCUUCUAACAAACUUCAGCUUUGGAAGUGAGGGUCUUCCAAUUGUUAGUCCUUUGUAUGACAUAGAGGGAGAUGAUAUGCCAUCUUUAAGACCAUCUUGCUACCAGAACCCAGAAAAAAAAUCAGCAACUUCAAAGCCCCCAUACUCUUUUAGUCUUCUCAUUUAUAUGGCUAUAGAGCACUCUCCAAAUAAAUGUCUGCCUGUCAAAGAAAUUUAUAGCUGGAUUCUGGACCGCUUCCCAUAUUUUGCUACUGCACCAACAGGCUGGAAGAAUUCUGUUCGACAUAAUCUGUCUCUGAAUAAAUGUUUUCAGAAAGUGGAAAGAAGCCAUGGCAAGGUUAAUGGGAAAGGUUCCUUAUGGUGUGUUGAUCCAGAAUAUAAACCCAAUCUUAUGCAAGCACUGAAGAAGCAACCUUUCCCUUCAGCAUUAACAUCUCCAGAAAGUGGCUCUUUAUCACCUCACUACUUAAGCUCUGUACUCAAGCAGAAUCAGGUGCAAACCCUCAAAGAAUCUGAUAUUGAUGCUGCCACUGCAAUGAUGCUCUUAAAUACUUCUAUAGAACAAGGAAUUCUAGAAUGUGAGAAGCCUCUUUCUCUUAAAACAGCUAUGCAGAAAAAAAGGAGUUAUGGCAAUGCAUUUAAUCAUCGCAGUGCUAUGCGAUUACAAGAGAGUGAUUCUUUAGCCACCAGCAUCGAUCCAAAAGAAGACCACAAUUACAGCGCAAACAGCACGGCAACGCAGCGUUGCGCGUCCAGGUCCAGUGUGUCUUCUCUGUCUUCUGUGGAUGAAGUAUAUGAAUUUAUCCCAAAGAGUAGUCAUGUGGGAAGUGAUGGCAGUGAAGGAUUUCACAGUGAAGAAGAUACUGAUGUUGAUUACGAAUAUGAUCCUCUUGGAGACAGUGGCUAUGUAUCACAGCCUUGUGUAGAUAACUCUGCAAAGGGGCAGCCAGGCAAAAAGAGGCGGAAAACGUCAUGUCAAGAAAUUGAUGAGGAGCUCAAAGAGGCAGCUGGGUCUCUACUUCAUCUUGCUGGAAUUCGUACAUGUCUGAGUUCCCUAAUAAGUACUGCAAAGACACAAAAUCAAAAGCAACGGAAAAAAUAG